CUCUGCCCUCCUCUAGCUGGGAGGUGUUAGGAGCUUUGCUCAAGGCUCCCCAGAGCAACGGGGUUGCUUCUGCCGGACGAGACGCUCUGCAGCCUGGGCUCUGUGGGACUGAGGUGGCAUUAGCUGGAGCGAGCGUGGGGGUCCUGGGACAACCUUACUGGCUUGAAGAACUACGAUGGCAGUCAACAAGGGCCUGACUUUGCUGGAUGGAGACCUCCCUGAGCAGGAGAACGUGCUGCAGCGGGUCCUGCAGCUACCGGUGGUGAGCGGCACCUGUGAGUGCUUCCAGAAGACCUACACCAGCACCAAGGAAGCGCACCCCCUGGUGGCGUCUGUAUGCAAUGCUUAUGAGAAGGGCAUCCAAAGCGCUGGCAGCCUGGCCGCCUGGAGCAUGGAGCCAGUGGUCCGCAGGCUGUCCACCCAGUUCACAGCUGCCAAUGAGCUGGCCUGCCGAGGCCUGGACCACCUGGAAGAAAAGAUACCGGCCCUCCAGUAUCCUCCUGAAAAGAUCGCCUCUGAGCUGAAGGACACCAUCUCCACCCGCCUCCGCAGCGCCAGGAACAGCAUCAGCGUGCCCGUCACCAGCACUGCGGACAAAGUCCUCGGUGCUGCUCUAGCUGGCUGCGAGCUCGCUUGGGGGAUGGCCAAAGACACUGCUGAAUAUGCCGCCAACACCCGAGCCGGCCGACUGGCCUCUGGGGGUGCCGACUUGGCCUUGGGGGGUGUUGAGAAGGUGGUAGAGCUCCUCCUCCCUCCAGCCAAGGAAGAGUCAGCCUCCGCUCCAGGACACCAGCAUGGCCAGAAGCCUCCCAAGGCCAAGCCGAGCCUCGUGAGCAGGGUUGGAACCCUGGCCAGCACCAUCUCUCAACACACCUUCCAGGCCACGUCUCGCGCGCUGAAACAGGGCCACGCCCUGGCCAUGUGGAUCCCUGGUGUGGCACCCCUGAGCAGCCUGGCCCAGUGGGGUGCUUCAGCGGCCAUGCAGGUGGUGUCCCGGCGGCAGAGCGUGGUGCGGGUGCCCUGGCUGCACAACCUCGCGGCCACCCAGGAGGAGGAUCACGAUGACCAGACGGACACAGAGGGGGAGGAGAUGGAGGAGGAGGAGGAACCAGAGACAGAGGAGAAUAAGCUCAGUGAGGGAGCAGCCCUGCCUGGCCCGCAAGGCUUCCUGGGCAAAGCGGUGCACACCCUGCAGAGGGCGCUCCAGAGCACGAUCUCCCUCGUGACUUGGGCACCUGCGACUGCGCUGGGCACCGCUGGGAGGAUGCUGCACUUCACGCCGGCCAGCGCUGUCUCCUCGACCAAGGGGAGGGCCAUGUCCUUGUCUGACGCCCUGAAGGGCGUUACUGACAACGUGGUGGACACGGUGGUGCACUACGUGCCGCUCCCCAGGCUGUCGCUGAUGGAGCCCGAGAGCGAGUUCCGGGACAUCGACAACCCGCCGCCAGAGGCCGAGCGCCGGGAGGCGGAGCGCAGGGGGUCCGGGGCGCUGCCCGCCGCCCCGGAAGCCGCGCCGCGCCCCGCGCCGACCCGCGGCAGCCUGCGCAGCGCUCGGGGCCCUGGCGCCGAGGACCGGGGGGACACCGCUGCCGCGCUGCGCCCCGCCUUCCCGGCAGUGCCCCGCGAGAAGCCGGCGCGCAGGGUCAGCGACAGCUUCUUCCGGCCCAGCGUCAUGGAGCCCAUCCUGGGCCGCGCGCAGUACAACCAGCUGCGCAAGAAGAGCUGAGCUCGCCUCCCGCGCCCGGCCUGGCCCGGCCCGCGCGCCCCCCGCUCCCCCGAGGGCCAGGGCGCUGUCUCCAGCAAACCAGAAGAACCUGCGCGGCCAAGCAAGCGUCCCGAGCUUCGUUCCAAGGACGCUGCCAAGGCACACAUCAUCUUUUGAGCAUGCUUUUGGGGCUUAGUUGUCAGAGCCCAUUUUUGAGAAGCAUCAGAGUAGCAGCCCGCUUUGAUUCUAUGCCUUGGUUUUUGUUUUGUUUUGUUUUUACCAAAAAAUUAAUUGCCUAGCUUGA